AUGGGCCCAACUGCUGCAGUUGGUACUGCAGCCAAAUUGGCUGCAGUACCAACUGCAGCAGUUGGGCCCGAGUCGGAUUGUAUAGGAUCACUUGACGGUACGCACAUACAUGCAUCAGUUCCAUUAUCAGAAGUUGCGGCAUUUCGUGGUAGAAAAUCUUACCCUACACAAAAUGUAUUAGCGGCGAUAAACUUUGACUUGCACUUUACAUACGUCUUAGCUGGAUGGGAGGGAUCAGCACAUGAUGCACUUGUCUUACGAGAUGCUAUUGAAAGACCAUGUGGUCUCAGGGUUCCUCAAGGAAAAUAUUAUCUGGUUGACGCAGGCUAUUCAACUAGACCUGGAUUUAUAUCACCUUAUCGAAGUGUUAGAUAUCAUUUACGAGAAUGGGGAGCUCGUACUCCUUCAAACCCACAGGAGCUUUUCAACUAUAGACAUUCAUCUCUACGAACCUCGGUUGAGCGUGCAUUUGGUUCAUUAAAAAACCGUUUCAAAAUUUUAACCUCCAGACCAUUCUUUCCUUUUUCAACGCAAGUGGAUCUAGUGCUUGCUUGUUGCAUUGUGCAUAACUAUAUAAUGUCUCAUGGAGGAGAUGAAUUAGUACCAAGUGAAGAAGAAUGGCUAGCACAAUCAUCUCAUUCCACUCAAUUACCUCAAUUACGAUCUCGACGAGAAUAUAGGGAGGAGGCACGCGAAUGGGAGGAAAAGAGGAAUAGGAUAGCGAUGGAAAUGUGGCAAAGUCGAAAUAACUAA